GAUAAUGCUGCGUCUACUGUUCUUGUUGCUGGGAAUCAUAAGAUUCCUUGGCUGUCAAGCGGACUGCAACACCUGUUCCGCAUCCUCGGGUGUUGCUUGUGUCUCGGAUUCCUCGUUUCAGUUCUGUAAUACAUCAAACCUGCCAUUUGGUAACACACUCUCCUGUCCGGCUGGUUACUAUUGCACGGCAAAUGCAACAAUUUGUAGCACAACAUCGGCCUUUAGGUCCUGCAAUGAGUGCAAAGUGUGCAGCAGUGAUAUGAAGUUUGCUUGUCUCACAUCCACCACCUUUGCCCUCUGCAUGGGUACUGAUAAUUACUUGACCUACAAUAUCACCGGAACGUGUGCCCCGAAUUAUGUGUGCAAUUUGGAUAACCCGUAUAUAUGUGGCAGUAUUACCACUGGAUCACCAGCAUCUUGUCCCCUCGACUCGGACAAUGACAAUAUAGAUCCCUCAGACUAUACUCCUGCCCAGUAUUGUCAACUCUUGCAGCAAGCGGGAAGAUUUCCCUAUGGCAUUGUCCUAUCGACCACAUGCAAGCAAUAUGUCUCUUGCUAUACAUUUAACUCUACAUGGUAUGGAGCGUUAUAUACAUGUCCCGGAUCAACAUAUUUCGAUAGUGCCACAAGAAUUUGUAUUACCGAUGUCCCAGCCAGAUGCACAACUACAGUUAACUCUUUGAGACUUAGUAAUUUGCUGUUGAUUUAAAUAAAAGUAUGAAAGCAAAGUGAA